AUGUCAGUUACGCACCUCGUGAUCCGACUCAACAGCGACUCUGGCGGCGAGUCGACUCCCGCAGUACGCGAGCGUAGUUCCGCUCCUCACAGCGCGGCUCUCAGCCACAGCGCGUCGGCGUCACCCCCGAGCAACAUGGACGGUCAACACCAGUCAUCUGUGUCCAAUGGCGGUACCACGCCGCGCGCCAAACGUGAGGAGGAGGAUGAGAUUGACGAGCUCCGUGACGACGAGCCAGUCGCACCGACGCCGGUUCGCUCGGCUCCGCCAGCGCCCGCACAAACCGCUCCUGUCGUCCCAAGCCCCAAACCGGCGACGUCGGGGUCCAAGAGCCGCAAGUCGUCCUGCGACCUAUGUCAUCACCGCAAGAUCAAGUGCGACCAGGUGCGCCCGUCAUGUUCGUCGUGUCUCCGCAAGGGCCACCCAUGUCACUACUCUGAAGAGACCGAAGCCAACAACGUGCAUAACCGCCGCGCCGUGUCCGUCGCCGUCGCCAGCGGCGACCGUCACAUCGAGAUCCCCAAGCCCGUUGCUGUCUCGCAGCGCUUUCAGAGUGCAGGUGGAUCGCCGGCGUGGCUCUCGAGCACCUCUCGGCCGAAGAGCGGCACGGCGACCGUUAGCCGCCCAACCUCGGCCGCCGGGGGUAGUGCCGACCGCAAACGCCGCCUCGACAGGGAUCGCAUUGUGAAUGGCUACGGCUCGAGCUCGGAUGAAGAGGGCGCCGCCGCCCCAACCGACGGCCCCGGUCCAGCCAAGCCGCGCAGGGCCGCCGUCGACAACGACCUUGCCGACAUGAUAGGCGAAACCAAAGAUGACGAGGUCGACGAGUUGGACUCGGGAGACGAGAAGGAGGCCGGCUCGCCGAGAAGCAAGAAGCGGGACGCGUCGGUCGACGACGACCUCUCCAACGACUUGCUCGAGCUCGCCUCUGCGCUCCCGAAGAAAAAGAGGGUGCGCCCCUCCAUGCCCGAGCUCCCCCGUACAUCCUCGUCGAACCGUGCUCGGCCCACGCCCCGCGCAAGCCUCCCGGCGCAGAUCUUGCCCCAACCACUACAAACGGCCACGACCGGUCACCACUCGUCGGUCGCAGCGCGCUGGGACGCGUCCAGCGCUCCGCUACUCACUCUGAUGGGCUCGCUGCCAUCGUCGGAGACGCAGACCAUCCUCUUCCAGACAUUCUUCCAGGACCCCUUCCUCACCGAGGGCAUCUCUCUCCUGCAGCCCCAGUUUGUGGACGACUUCCACUCUCUGAUUGAGCGACGCGCGUCGGCCAAGAUGCGCGAGGGCGACGCCACUACAUUGGCAAACGCAUUUGCUUUUCUCGCCGUCGCCAUGCGUGUCCUACCUGAGGAGACAGGCAAGUUGCUACUCGCGUCCGGCUCGUCCACCGCCAACAGCGCCCCGCGCUCAGCGAGCCGCAUUAUUGCCAACCAGCCGGGUUCGCCCUCCGACCCGACGCCGCUCGACCAGCGCUACUUUGAGCUGGCGCUGCUUGCCGGACAGAUCGCCGAGCAGCGCGACGCGCCGUCAGUCAUGUAUGUCGUGCACAAGCUCAUCCUCUUCCGCUACGCGACCCUCGGCUUCAGAAAGGACCGUGUCGUGCUUGCGGGUGGGUGGCUCGCACAGGCCAUCAAGACUGCACAGGCGUUGGGCAUGAGCAAGGAAUGGGAGGGUAUUCCUCAGGGAGAGCGCGAACUCCGCCGCCGCGUCAUGUGGGCGCUGUACGUCGCCGACCGGCAGUUUGCGUUUGAGACCGCGUUCCCCUACACGAUCUUAGACACGCACCAGGGUAUCCACCUCCCGUCGCCAAUCUCUGAAGCGGAUCUGUACAAGAUCCCGCCUGACGUUCCGACCCUCCCGCCACAUUCGACCGAGGCUGGCCCGACGCAGUGCACAGCGCUCUUCAUCCACACACAUCUUGCGCGCCGCAUAACCCCGAUCUUGGACUCUUUUGCAACCGUGGGCCCGUCUGGGACGCCGCACGACCUCGUCCUCCGGUUUGAUGCGUCACUUGACGCAUUCCAGGACGCGCUUCCGCCGUAUCUCCGUCUGUUCCCUCUGACGGACACCCGCUUUGACUCGGCGCACACGUACCUGGCGCCACACCGCGUGCGCCUGCACUCGACGCUCCUCUCGUACCGACUGGGUGUGCACCGUGCGCACCUGGCAGCGUACUUCUCGCCGUCGAGCUCACCUGGUGUGCGUGCGGUGAUUGCGCAGGUGUGCCUCGCCUCCAUCCGUGUGCAGAAGAGUGCGAAGAUGCUCGACUCCAAGCUGUCAUCGCGGCUAUUCAACCCGGCGACUGUCUUCGAGGCUGCUGCCACUCUGGCCCUUAUUAUGCACGUUGAGCGCUGGGUGGCUGGGCCGACUGCCGCCCAGGCAAUUGGCAUGUCGAGCGAGUACCUUGCUAUGCGCGCGGGCGUCGCCGACGGCUCGGAGCUGCUGGACAGCGUCAGCUCGUCGCUUGACGGUGGCACGUUUGCGCGCGGAGCGGUGCGCGUCCUUCGCGAAGUCGUCACCAAGGUGGACAACGGCCCGCGCUUCCCGUCGUCCGGCUCGCCGCACAACAAGACAAAUGGCAUGACGAACGGCGACAUCCUCUCGCCCAACGGCGACCGCUCGACCUCGCCACAACGCGAGGGCUCGCCAAACGCCAGCAUAGGCCACGCGGGUGUCAACGCCUGGCUCGACUACUGGCGCUCUAACGCCAUUAACAUUGACUACCUCCUCCGCGAGGCAGACUGGAACAGCUGGGAGAAGGUUAUUGCCGGCAUGUAG